GCGUAUUUUAGCAGAUCAUAACGCAGUGUUGCCAUCUUGCCCUCUCUGUCUUUGCCAGCGCAGUCAUGGUAUCGUCUACAGAUAGUAGCAUUUACGAAUACCCUGCACAACUCGCGUGCAAAAAGCAUGGCUAUUUUGCAACUGCGCCGGCGGAAUCGAUACUCGAGCGAAAGGCUGCUUUUUUGAUACACGACCGCCGUUUUUCCAAAAUCCUCGGCGACAGCCCAAUUCUUAGUGUUACUGUCGAGGAUCCAAUUCGGCCCUUUGCUCAUGAGGCAGGUGUCUAUAUUCCAGCCACUGGCGAUGUCUUCAUCACAAGCAGCCACCUCGUCAAAGAUGGAGAGAAGCACGUUCAGAUCUCUCGCGUAUUCCCGAGCCACGGAAAAGCGAGCGAUAUCAAUGGCAUGCACCAACUUGGCCAUGGUAUGGAACUUGUGCAUCCUGAGCCAAACAUCAUAAUGGCGAACGGCGGCGUGAACUACCGGGAUGGUGUGCUUUUUUGUGAACAAGGAAAUCUCACCGAACCUGGUGGCCUGACUUACAUGGAUGGCCAUCGCAACUCCACGACUGGAGAGUACACUACUACGAACCUACUCUCCAGCUACUAUGGCCGCUGGUUCAAUUCCGUCAAUGAUAUUGUGGUGCACGCCAAUGGCAGCAUCUGGUUCACCGAUCCGCCGUAUGGGUAUGAACAGGGCAUUCGUCCCGUUCCGCAGCUUCCUGCUCAGACAUAUCGCUUCGAUCCAUCUACUGGUAAUGUAAGAGCGGUGGAAGACAGCCUGAAGAAACCAAACGGCCUGUGCUUCUCGCCGGAUCAGAGAGUCAUGUACAUUACGGAUACCGCGGGCGUUCGAGGAGCCACGACGUGCCCGGGUGUGUACUCCCGCACGGGGGCAGCUUCCGUCUACGCCUUUGACGUUGUGACGAGGAGCGGUGGCCAGUUUCUCACCAACAAGAGGCUAUUCGCCUUUGCAGACCGGGGCAUUCCGGACGGCAUCGAGUGCGAUCGGGCGGGCAACGUCUACAGCGGAUGCGGGGACGGUGUGCACGUUUGGGCAGCCGAUGGAACGCUGAUUGGGAAGAUUGUCAUACCAGGCGGAUGCGCCAAUUUCUGUUUCGGGCAGGCAGGAGAGCUCUUCCUGCUCAACGAGCGGCAGAUAUGGAGAGUGCAAUUAGCGGUCACGGUACGUGGCGACUUGCUAGGAUUGUGAGUCGUUAAUGGUAGACUCCUCUGCCGAAGGAGUUCUACGUAGCAUAUUCAACAGUCAUCUUUGCAAUCGGAAAGAGUAGAUGGAG